GAACACGAUGACAUCUUUAAGGUUUGCCAUCUAUGUGACAUGGUUGUUCUUGUGGAAAAUGGCUCAUACAACUGGUCUAAAAUUGUUAUCACCUGUGCCCCACGAAAGAGGUUUUGCAUCAGUCGAUGUUGGAGACAAAAUUACUUUGCAAUGUUUCUAUCAGAAUAACGAUGGAGCAUGGCUUAGCUGGUAUAAGCAAACACUGGGACAGAGACCAAAGCUGGUUUCCACCUUCUAUCAGUUUAACGAAGAUGGCACUUUUCAUCAUGAAUUCAAGAACAAUGCACGCUUCACACUGGAUCCGGGAAAAGGUCAAAAUCACUUGACAAUUAUUGAUUUGAAAAUGUCAGACUCAGCAACGUACUACUGUGCACAUAGCACUUCAAAUGUGUUGAUUUUUGCCGAGGGCACUGUUGUCAGUGUGCAGGGUUCAGGUUUGACCGUCCCAGCUUUGCUCCUUCAGUCACCAUCAGAGACCAUCCAGCCAGGAGGCUCUGUGACUCUGAACUGUACAGUACAAACUGGGACCUGUGAUGGACAACACAGUGUUUACUGGUUCAAAGACUCUGAAGAAUCUCAUCCAGCACUCAUUUACACUGAUGGAGGCAGCACUGAUCAGUGUGUGAAGAAACCCAACACACAAACACACACCUGUGACUACAACCUGCCGAUGAAGAGCCUGAAUCUGUCUCAUGCUGGGACCUACUACUGUGCUGUUGCCUCCUGUGGACACAUUCUGUUUGGAAACGGGACCAAACUGGACUUUAAGGAUGAUCUGGACUCUCCUUUCUUGGUCUAUUUCUUAAGUGGAUCUUUGGUAUUCACCAACAUCCUAGUUUUUUUACUGGCUCUUUCAGUGUGCAUGAUGAACAAGACAGACAGCUGCCAAAGCACAGGUAACUAA